AUGCAAUGGCGGCGGGAUCAACUGGCAAUUGGGAAAUGUAAUGUUGCAUUAGUGGUUGGUGCAAGGCUUAAUUGGUUGUUGCAUUUUGGGGAACCUCCAAAGUGGGCUAAGGAUGUGAAUUUUGUGUUAAUUGAUAAUCAUCCUUGGGUUGAGGCUAUAGCAAAGAAGGCUAAGCAAAAUGUGUCAAGAAUGGAGGCACAGUGGACGACACCAAUGAAGAUAAUUAGGGAUGUGAUUUUGGAAUUGAGUAGUCCUGCUCCCAUAUUGCCGAGCAGCAGGUUGGAUUGCUGGAACAUGGGGGUUGGUCUGGGAUAUUGCAUUGCUGCGGCAGUGGCUUCACCUCGGCUUGUGGUUGCUGUUGAAGGGGACUCUGGAUUUGGUUCAGUGCCAUGGAAGUUGAGUUGGGAUUUUGUAUUUGCAUCUUCUAGCUAUUUUGGGGAAUCACAAUUAUUUUCAAAGGCUGUAGUUAAGAAGAAACAUUAUGCAGAAUCUAACCAUCUUUCCUCUAAGGGAUAG